CACCGCAUUGAUGUUUGAUCUGGAUUUCAAAUAUUUUUGUUGUUAUUUAUUCUAUUUUUGUAUUGGAAAAGAUAACAUCCAUGGCACACACUAUGGGGCUUGAUAACGAUAAUCGGAAAGCCAAAAUUUCACAUUGAAACAAGUGUGACCAGGGUUAGAACAGAAACAUUAUUCGAUCGGAGAAGACAUAAAACAACUGGGUCGCACUUUGAUCAAAAUGAUAAUUGAAGUGGUUGUGGGUUUGUUUACGUGCCUCCUGGUGUGGGAUUACUUUUACCGGAAACCAUUCGAGGAUUUGUACAAGCAGUCGGGCAUUAAGGGCCCAAAAUAUUUGCCAUUCAUAGGCAACGUGCUGCUGGCUUUGAAGAACGACACUUCUAAUGUCUUUGAGAUGCUGAAUAACUUGUGCAAGGACUACGGAAAAGUUGUCAAAAUAUGGGUAUUUGGCGAUGCUGUGCUCUUCGUCCGGGAUGCCAAGUUCUUUGAAAGUAUUCUCAGCAGUCAGCAGGUGAUCAAGAAGAACCGACUGUAUGCACUGCUGGCCAGUUGGUUGGGUGAUGGUUUGCUGCUCAGCAGUGGCUCGAAGUGGCACUCGAGACGCAAGAUAAUAACGCCCACGUUCCAUUUCAAAAUUUUGGAGGAAUUCGUAGAGGUCUUUGACCAGCAGAGCAGUGUACUGGUUAAGCGACUGCGGUCAAAAGCCGAUGGCAAGACCGUAUUGAAUAUGUUCCCCAUAAUCUGCCUCACAGCCUUGGACAUCAUUGCGGAGACGGCCAUGGGUGUACAAAUCAAUGCCCAAGCAAAUCCAGACUUCCCCUAUGCCAAGGCAUUGACAAGCGUUGCCGACAUAAUAGCUACGCGCUUUGUAAGACCCACCCAAAGCUUUGAUCUGCCAUUCAAACUCUUUGCCAACAAAUCGUAUCGCAAGAUGAUGAGGGACAUCAAAUUGAUGCAGGAGUUCACGGACAAGGUUAUCGUUGAGAGGAGGACACGCCUAGAGGAAUCUAUUAAGAAUGGAACCUUCAACUCAGAAACCAACGAAAUGGGUAUCAAGAAGCGAAUGGCUUUCUUGGAUGUACUACUGCAAUCCACCGUCAACAACAAGCCCCUGACCAACGAAGAUAUCCGAGAAGAGGUCGACACAUUUAUGUUCGAAGGUCACGACACAACCACCAGUGGUAUCUCGCACACCCUGUACCUCUUAGCCCGCCAUCCCCAAGUCCAGCAAAAGGUAUUCGAGGAAAUCCUAGAAGUUAUAGGCAGCGAUAAGGACAAACCCGUGAGUAUGAGAGAACUGCAGGAACUAAAAUAUCUGGAUGCAGUGAUCAAAGAAAGUUUGCGCAUGUACCCGCCGGUCCCCAUGAUUGGUCGUGUCACCGAGCACGAAGUGAAGCUAGAUGGCAAAACCCUUCCGGCAAAUGUUCAAGUGAAUAUCCUGAUCUAUGCUGCUUGCCGGGAUCCCGACUACUUCCCCAAUCCAGACUCAUUCGAACCAGAGCGCUUCAUUGGCGAAAGCAGUUCGGAAAAGUACAAUCCCUUUUCCUAUGUGCCCUUCUCAGCGGGGCCCCGCAACUGCAUUGGUCAAAAGUUCGCCGUGUUGGAGAUGAAGAGCACCAUCAGUAAAAUGCUACGCCAUUACGAGCUGUUACCCUUGGGAGAUGACGUACUACCGGUUAUGAAUCUAAUUUUACGUUCUGCAACAGGAAUAAAUUUAGGCCUGAAACCACGAGAGUAUUAGAACAAUUAAUAAAACAAAACAAAAAGGAAAAGAAACGAAAUUAAUGUUUUU